AGCACCAUGCCCUGGCCCCGUGGAUUGUUCAAUGCUAACCUUGCCUCCGUAUAUGCAUCGUGCCGAACGUGUGUGGCAAGAUUCGUCGUUUGACAAGAAUUUGAAGUGUAUCAAUUGCCCUUCAGAUGCAUAUGACGCGGGCGAAUGGCGAGAUCCGAGAGUGUGGGCGUUGAUACGUGAUGGAGGUUUCCUUGGCAUAGAGCGCAUUGGGAACAUGAGGGUGGACCACUCCUUAAUAACAGCUCUGGUGGAGAGAUGGAGGCCUGAAACACAUACUUUCCAUCUACCCUUCGGUGAGGUUGGGAUUAGUUUACAAGAUGUUGCGAUCUUAUUGGGUUUGCCCAUCGAUGGUAUGCCCCUGAGUGGUCAAACCACAAACACAAAUGCUGCUUGGAUACAGAUGUGCACGGAUUGGGCGGGUUUCACUCCUCAUGAGAGUGAUUUGGAGCGUCGCGCCGAAAUUAAAUGUAGUGCUGUUACGCGUACACCGAUCGGCCCCGAUAUGAGAUGUAUAAAUUUUUUAUACAUUUGACAAUAAAUGUAGUGAUUUGGAGUGUGAUGUAUGUCCACAAUAAAUGUAGAUGGGUCGGACCCCUGUCAUUUUCGGUGGGAGCAAGACAUGCGUUGCACGUUUUCCGAGACCUCUUAGACCACAUGAGGGAGAGUCAAGUAGUGAUUUCAUUCUACCUUGAAUACAAUUGUCUUUCAGUAAAAACUAUCUUAUUACAGUUAAAUUAACAUUAUACUUUUACAGUUUAUAUGGACCCCUUAUCGAUUGGAUAAUCUUCCUGAAGACAUUAGAAAUCAUUCUAGACUUUGGUUUGCUGAGGUUAUGCUCAUUUUUUGCGAUUAUGCGGAGAGGCAUUACCCCAAUAGGUUCUGUCGACAAUUCUUCGCCAUACAGGGAGAGCCAAAACCCACUCUUCAAGGUAAAGACCAUCACACUACUAGCUCCCGUGAUAGCGCAGCUUCCCUAACAUUGUGGGCGGAAUGAGAAAGACAUUUAUACAAUCCUGAAUGGGCCCCCUUUGACGGGCGAAAUGUGGCUGAAGGGUACCGUAUGUGGUACGCGCGGACCGGGUGAAAACGUGUCUUGAACCCUUUGCACGCUACGCCCAGGACAGGCUACACCCCUGCAAUACGCGAUUUGGGUGUUACAUUGCAGUGCAUUCAUGAUACCUAUAAGCUCGCUGAUAAUUUGGCCGAUCAUGAGGACAUUAAAGAUCGGCUAGCACAGUGUGUUAUAGCAUUAGAUGUAGAAGAGGUGCUCCACCAAGGAAUCUUUCAUUACCCUGAUGCUGAGUAUGAGCCCGGUCCCUUUCCUCAUCCUAGGUAAGAUCGUCGUGGUUACGCUGCGCCGCAUAUAGUGGCAGACCCUCAUGGAGAUGAAGACAAAGAUGAAGAUGAUGACGAACAAGAAAAUGCAGUAGAUGAACAUGAUUAUUAAGAGGAUGAGGAAGAGGAUGAUGGAGAUGAAGGCGGGGAGUCACCUGAUCAUUCCUGGCCGGGGUUAUAAUAGGGAUGAGUAGAUAUUGUUUUCUUAAAUUUAUUAUUCUAUGUAGUAUGUACACUUUUAGUAUCUCACUAGCCCGGGUUUUUUGUAGCCCGGGUUUUAUGUAGUCGGAUUUUUGGUAGCCCUG